AUUUUGUAUUUACUUUGCUAAUCCAUACCCCUUCUCCUCACCGCCUAUGUCAACUUUCGACAGAGUUGACCCAACUAGCGUUACAUUUAACCAGCACCUUUGUCAUUGCUCUUGCAGGGCAUUAUGCUGGAGCGCUGCGUGCCGUGGGCAUGCAAGUGAGAAUGGAGCCCUGUGUCUCCUCCUCUUAGGCAUUUUCAGACAUUGAAUAGGUAACAUUGCUGGCUUUAACUAUCUGUUAAAGUAAUGGCUUUGUGUCAUUCUGACUUUAAGGUUAAUGUCCCUUAUGGCACGAAACCUUAAUUAACACAGUUGAAAUGAUUAAUAAUCGAAAAAAGAAGACUGAAAUGAUAUGAGAUCUAUACCCGUAACAUCUACAAAUGUACUCUUUCACAGUAUUUCCUAGUUUGUUAAAACACAUGUUGUGCAUAAUCAAUGCAGAUAUAGAUGCAUUAACACCUUAGAGAAGGCGAUGCAAGACAUGCAAGUUGACUUCCACUCUUUAUCGCUCUCAAUUUAGACGAGUGCCCUCUUAAAAGGGAUCCGGAGAUGUUAUAAGAUCUGACCUUGUGUGGUGCAUUUCUGAAAGGGACUCUAGUUCAUGAGCAGAUUGAUCUCUGGCUUCUUGACACUUAGUGGUAAUCAAAUGUAGCAGGUUCAUCCACCCCCCGCAAUACAGAUACAAUAUGUGGAGUUGGGACAGCGCUGUGCUAAGAGGGAGUUUUGCCUAAUUGCCUCCUUUCAGCUCCACUGCAGCACAGAGUGGGAGAAAGAGAGGGGGAAGGGGAGGGAGAGAAAGAGAGAGGGAGUGAGUCUCGGUCCUUCCCAGCUGACACUCGCAGUGCUAUCAGACGGGUGUUUUUAUGUUUCUUACAAAAGCUCUCUGUUGCAAUGCUGUGCACUCAGCCAUACAUAGGCUUCAGAUGUUGUACAAACUCAGAACUCUGCUUGGCUCCAAACAGGGUGGUAAUCAAAAUUUAUAAUGAAGAUAACACCAGCAGGGCAGUGGAGGUUCCCAGUGACAUCACUGCCCGGGACAUAUGCCAGCUGUUUGUCUUGAAGAACCAUUGCAUUGAUGACCACAGCUGGACCCUUUUUGAACAUGUAUCUCUUCUGGGAAUAGAGAGAGCUAUUGAAGACCAUGAGUCUGUUAUGGAGGUCCUGUCAGGCUGGGGAAUGGACACAGACUGCCGGCUUUAUUUUAGGAAGAAUUAUGCUAAAUAUGAAUUCUUCAGGAAACCCCUGGACUUUUUCCCGGAUCACAUGGUCUCCAUAUGCAGUGAAAGCAAUGGGGUGGUGGAUCACUCUCAGCUCAUACAGACCUUUCUCAACUCCAGCACCUGUCCAGAGAUACAUGGACACCUCCAUGCCAAAGAGCAAAGCAGGAAGUCUUGGAAGAAGUUUUAUUUUGUCCUACGGAGGUCGGGGCUUUAUUUCUCCAAUAAGGGAACUUCCAAGGAACCAAGGCAUCUCCAGUUCAUUGCCGAUUUCAGUGACAGUGAUGUCUACACGGUGUUCUCAGCCAAAAAACUACAUGGAGCACCUACAGAUUACGGCUUCUGUGUCAAGUCCACAAAGGGUAGUUCAGCCCGGGACUUAAAGUUGCUUUGUGCAGAUGAUGAGCAGACCAGGACCUGCUGGAUCACCGCCAUGCGCUUGUUAAAGUAUGGGAUGGAACUGUAUCAGAACUUUGUUCAGCCGCACCAGAGACAAAAAGCUUCACCAAUGAGAAGUAUCUCAGAGAAUUCCCUGGUGGCGAUGGACUUUUCUGGACAAAAGAGUCGUGUUAUUGAGAACCCAUCGGAGGCGCUGUCUGUGGCUGUAGAGGAAGGCCUGUCAUGGAGGAGGAAGAGCUGCCACCGCCUGAGCAGCCAUGGCAGCCCCUCCACAUCGCAGAGCUCGAUGUCAAACAUAGCCCUCCACUUGGCUCAGUCCUGGUUCCACAGCAAACUGUCUCGGGAUGAGGCUCAGCGUCUAAUCACUCAGCAGGGUCUUAUCGAUGGAGUAUUUCUUCUGAGGGACAGCCUCAGCAACCCAAAGACAUUUGUGCUGUCGCUGUGCCACAUGCAGAAAAUCAAACACUUUCAGAUCUUACCUGUAGAUGACGAGGGGGAGUUAUUCUACAGUCUGGAUGACUGUCAGACACGCUUCUCUGACUUGAUUCAGUUGGUGGAGUUUUACCAGCUCAACCGAGGGGUGUUGCCCUUCAAGCUCAAACACCACUGUGCCCGGAUCACCCUGUGAACGAGGGACCCAAGAGACCCCAGAGGGCCCACAUGCACCUUAACUCCAGGGCCCCUCUGGACAUGCACUCCCAGUGUUCUUGUGCCUUGAAGACGAAACCGAACUAACAGCCAUGCUAACUGAAACCACUGUUAUCAUGCACUAUCUUCUCCAAUCAUACUUUGCUACGUGAUUCCUCCUUAUUUUGUAUUUCAGAAAAAGUUGAAUUUGACAAUAGAUUGUAUGAUAACUGACUACAUGUGCUGUAUAUGAUGUGCAGUUUUGUCCAAACAUGACUUAUUGUGCUGUGUAUUGUGAGCUGAACGUGUACUGCAAACAGCUUGUGAUUCGAACAACAUCAUUACACCAGUGGAAGAAAGUAUUAUUACUCACUUGCAUACAGUAGCUUGCAUUUGAGUUUUCGCAGAAGAAAUGUCAAUCUAAUGUCUUCUGCAAUAUGUAUACAGUAAUUAUAUAUACAUACACCUGUCAUCAAUUUUAAUUUGAAACCAUGUCAUUCUGGGAAUUGUAGUACCCAACGCCUCUGUCAUGUUGAAUUUGAGUAAAACCAAGCUAUCAUACUUUUCAUUGUAUUUUGACGGUUUCAGGUAUAUUUUUUUUUUUAAAGAGAAUGAUUGUUUUUUAUGUGAGAGCUUAAAUGACCUAUCAGGAAGUGUCACAGUGCAUGAUGCCCUGUAAGCUGGACGGAGCGGUAAUGUACGGGUGGAGAGAAAGGCACACGGCCUGCACUGUACAUUCAUUUUAAACUUGUCAUUAAAUGAAAUGUUUGUAUUACAUGAAAUAAGUUGUGAGCUUACUCGAGAGCGACAGCAAUGAAAUAUGCUAGACUCUUUUUUUGAUAUUAGCCGUUAAGAUGGAAAUCCGAAAUACUGUGUGACUGAUUUCGAUCAUAUCUGAAUUCAUUGAUAUUGAAAUUUAGGUUUUAUAUUUUUCAAAGAUUCAGGUAUACAGUUUGCCACUGCUGUGGAUAAAUAUUGUUUCAGAUAUUGUUUGUUUUCAAUAAGCCAAUGAUGCAUCAGCUUUUAACAAGGCAUUUUAAAUCAGUGACAUAAUUGAAAUGACCAUCUUCUGUUAGUAUUUUUUUUUUAUUCAACUGGACAACAAUGCAUGUUCAAUGAAUGUCAUGGACUGCAUAGAUUUAUAUAAACAAAAUGUUUAACAUA